AUGACAAAGGAAUCAUCGGUAGAAAUGGAAGUUUUAUACACUUCUGUCACGCAAAUUCAUCGCUCGCUAGAAACUCUCGGCCGACCAGUGGAUAAACAGGAUGAUUUCUUUGUGUUUGUAACUGUGCAAAAACUUAAUUGUGAUUCAAUCAAAGCCUGGGAGCUGCAUUUGGGCUCUUCUCAAGAUCCUCCUACGUGGAAAAAACUCGUUGAAUUUUUGCUCACCAGACUUUUGACUUUGAAAGCUGUGGAAAAAUCUCGUAAACCUUCAAAUUCAUCGAGUUCUCAACCAGCAAGAGUUAAUCUAGCAUCAGAGGAUCAACAGAAUCAGUGCUCAAUUUGUUCAGGAGAACAUUAUAUAUCUAAGUGUCCGGAAUAUGCAGGAAAAACAGUUCAAGAUCGAACUGAAUUAGUGAAAAAGAAUAAACUCUGUUUCAAUUGUCUCGGAUCACAUCGUGUUGCUGACUGCCGAUCUACAAGACGAUGUAUGAAAUGUGCUAAAAAACAUCACACAACCAUACAUCGAGCCACAAAAGAAAAUUCAGACAAACCUGCCCAGGAAAAUAAUGAAUCGCCCUCUUCUGAUUCAAGUGCUCAAGUGAAUUGUGCUUCUGUAAAUCAAGGAUCUUCACCGUCCAAAACUAUAUUGGCAACUAUUCAACUAAUUGCGUCAUCUGACAAAGGAGAACAACUCAAAGUCAGAGCAUUAGUUGAUCCAGGAUCACAAAUUUCAUUUAUUUCGGAAAAACUGGUGCAAACUUUGAAACUUUAA